AUGGCGCAACCGCAAUCGAACACGGCGGUGACCCCACUCAUCAUCGACAACGAGUCCAUCGAGACCGACAUCAAAUUCGAGGUUUAUGCUCCGGCUACUGGCGAGGUACACGGAUACUGUGCAGGUGUAUCAGUUGAAGAAGCCAACCGGGCAGUCGACUCGGCACAGGCUGCCUUCCCCGCAUGGAAGAAGACCACCGCAUAUGAGCGCCGUGACAUCCUGAUGAAGGCCGCUGAGAUCAUGGAUUCACGCAAAGAGGAACUGAUCCAAUACCAGCGCGAGGAAACAGGUGCCGGCCGGCCUUUCUCCGAGCACACCUUCAAUCUAGGUGUGGCCUUCAUUAAAGAUUUCGCGGCCCGGAUCUCCACAAUUGAGGGUGUGGUGCCCAACGUCACCAGGGAAGGUGAGGGAGCGAUCGUCUAUAAGGAGCCGUACGGAGUGAUCUUGUCAAUUGCCCCCUGGAAUGCUCCAUUUAUCCUUGGCACGCGUGCUGUUGCACUCCCUCUGGCGGCUGGUAACACUGUUGUUCUCAAGGGCUCCGAGCUCUCACCCAAGUGUUUCUGGGCAUUGGGCGAUAUCUUCCGGCAAGCUGGUCUUCCCGCAGGAUGUCUGAACGUCAUCUUCCACAAGCCCUCGGAUGCCCCGGCCGUCACCAACGCUCUGAUCGCCCACCAGGCUGUGCGCAAGGUCAACUUCACCGGUAGCACUAUGGUCGGUUCGAUCAUCGCUUCCACCGCAGGUAAACACAUCAAGCCUGUGCUACUUGAGCUGGGCGGCAAAGCCUCGGCAGUUGUUUUGGACGAUGCGGACCUGGACAAGGCUGCCAUGAACUGUGCUCUCGGAUCUUUCAUGCACUCCGGACAAAUUUGCAUGUCAACCGAGCGCAUUGUUGUGCAGCGCGCGAUCGCCGACGAGUUCCGUCAGAAGCUUGUCCAGACAGCGGAGAAGUUGUUUGGCAAGGACGCGCCCGCGCUGGUUCUGGUCAACGCCGCGGCCGCCGCUAAGAACAAGAAGCUUGUGGCGGACGCAGUGUCUCGCGGAGCUAAGCUGCUGUUCGGCGACGCCAACGCUAAUGAAUCCGUCAACACGGCCAUGCGGCCCAUUGUUGUCGACGGUGUCACCAAGGAGAUGGACAUGUACGCGACCGAAUCGUUCGGCCCGACCGUGUCUCUCUUCGUGGUGGAUACCGAAGACGAGGCGAUCACACUGGCAAAUGACACAGAGUAUGGUCUCACUGCGGCAGUGUUCACCAACAACCUCUUCCGCGGAUUGCGGGUGGCUAAGCAGAUUGAUUCUGGCGCCGUUCAUAUCAAUUCCAUGACUGUGCAUGAUGAGGCUAUCCUCCCUCACGGAGGAUGGAAGAGCAGUGGCUUCGGUCGCUUCGGAGGAAUUUCAGGGUACAACGAGUUCCUCCAGACCAAAACGGUUACCUGGCACGAGUAA